AUGUUCGGUUAUGACGAUGCGUACGGUUAUUCGACCGCAUUACUUGCCGUUGCACCGCUGGCGACACAACUUGCCCUUACACCUGUCAGUUGGAUAGUGUUCUUUCCACUUUUCGCAAUUCCGGCUGCUUCACUGAUACUGUCCGUGGGAAAUCUGUCCACGCAUGGACCAGUGCUCACCUACAGACGUCUCGCACCUAUCGCUUCCGGCCUCGGCUGGGCGUUGACAUGGCACGUCGCCGAGCGACUCUAUGUUGAAGGGCUUCGAGCAGCUCAAAAUUUAUUAUAUUUUGUUUUUUCUCUGCGAUUCAAUCUCGAUUGGGCUGUUAAAUGUGAGCACUCCUACAAUUCGAGGUAUUGCAUCAAUUUCGACGAGAAAAAUGUUACCGUAAGGGAUUUCCAUCACAGUCCUGAGAACCACUGGCCUGCCCAGGAGUUUAACAGUUAUGUUAUCAGAGGCAACGAUCCAACGGUUAAUAUCUCUCCGGUUUGGGAACCCAACGAGUGGUACUUGGGUAAUUCCAAGUCUCAGUUCUUUUUCACUUUUCCAUCACUACCUCUUAUGGUCGCACACGCUCUCAUAUGGACAACAAUUUAUUUUUUACUAGUCAAGUUCUCUAACAGCAUAGGAACCAUAAUUUCGCGUGUCUUUGUGACGGUACCAUUUGCUUUGUACAUAGCUUUAAUUAUGGGGAUGUCAGUAAGUGGGUUUCAUUUUGGAAUGGGCACAAUCGAGAAGGAAAUAUCCCAACGAAAACGGGACGACGAUCCGCUUGACUACUGGAUUGAUGUCAGAGGUUUCUACCGCGCCUCGAUUCUUGCUGUAGACUAUUCGGGAGCUUUUUCUGGUCUACUACUUUUCGCCACUAGUCGUCUGAGACCAGGUGCUAAAUCGAUGAAUGCUCUGUACCUUUUGCCCAUGAUGUUGCCGGUUCCGAUGCUUUUGACGAUCCUUCGUAGUGGAUGCGAAGGUCAUGUGGCUGAGCAGCAGCCGGCUUACACUAUCUAUGCUUCCACAGAUGAAACAAUAUCGUUCGAUCUGCUUCCGGUCUGCUUCGCUACCAGCAAGGUUGGCCCUUUAUGGGCUGCGUUCUACUAUGCUGCACAAUUUCUGUACACAUCUAUGGGACCCAUGAUUGUUUACGUAUCUUUCAUAUACGAGUCGUUUGUCGACGAUGCUCCCACCGUCCAGAACUUUGCUCCUUUCUUUUUUGCCUUGAUCGUCACAUUUUUCGCUGUACCUUCUGUACUGCUCUAUAUGCCGCUUGGAACGAAAAUCACUGCGCUUUUCCACUACACUUCUGAGUCUUCAAUCAUUCAGAUUCUUUGCUAUAUAGUUAUUUAUUUCGUUUAUGGAUGGCAAACCGUAGAAUCAGACAUACUGAUCACCUCGAACGAGAGCAACUCCAUCUCCCUCAUACAGUACCUUACUCGACCUACUAGUCCCGUAUACACGGUGCUGAUGUUCACCCUCGUUCCCGCAUUGCUAUGUGCAAAAUUUACUUCGGUAUUCGAUUUGUUAAUGCGUGGCAAUGACGUUCUGCAGCAUAUCGACGCUGGAACUCUCUUCAUACCGGGACCGAUGUGGAUUCGUAGGAUCAUUGGAUAUGGCAUAAUGUUCGCUCCAACAUUUAUCGUCAUCGGAUUCGCUUCGUACACUAUGUAUGCGAUGAUGGUCCGCCACAGGUUGCCGUUUCGAGAUCUUCUUAAGCCGACUAGUGACUGGAUGGUUCACACGGCGGUAAACACGACCCGACCGCGACCCCAAUCAUUGGCGUACGGGCUCUACAACAGCCUCUGUAACGUGAGCUACGAAACAGCAUUCUUUGGAUUGUUUGUCAUCGAGAUUUUCUUCGGAAUCGCCAUAUUCUGUCUUUCGAGAUUUUUUCACGUCACUCAAACCAUCGUUUUUCUGGGUCUGAAUACUUACAGGUUGAUGUUGUACAUCGGUGUGGCAACGAUGGAGACAGCCAUGCUGAACGGCUACAUGUGGAUGUACGCCUCCGACCACACCUGGGGUCUGGAUGCGGCACCUCUCGUCAUCAUCGUCUGUUCAACCUUGAUCCGUGGUUGUUGCAUCUUGCUUGCGAUCGCCAUACGCGCUCACCUUCUCGAUCAGAUUCGGCCAACAAGGACCAGAGACGCCACUGAGGUUGACACGGUGAUGGCGAUGGAUGCUGACGAUGACUCGCCGAUCAUCUUCGAUCUCGCACGUGCCUAA